UUCCCGUUUGAGUCCGCCCCCUCUUUAGAACUCGCGACAUAACACCCUGGCGUCUCUUGGGAGAUUUGAAUGUAUUUCUUAAACUUUUACUAAAAAAUAGAUUUUAAUUUGGGAGACUCGACUGCAUCGCCAUUUUUCAUGUAGGAGCGGUUUUGAUAAAGGUGUUGUUCUUUUAAGUGAGAAGAGGGGUGUGAAAGAAUGGACGUCUUGAGAGGGAAAUGGAAGGAAAAAUGCAUUCUGAACGUUUGCGCUCUGCUCGUAUUGUGCUGGUCAGUAGACCCCUCCCUCUCGGCACCACCACCUCAGGACCAGGAGUUUCAAUGCCUGAGGGGAGUCAUUAGCAAUGCUAACGGGACAUGCUGUCGAAAGUGCCAUGAAGGGUUUAAGUUGAAGGAGGACUGCACUAAAGAGGGUGAGAGCCAAUGUGAACCCUGUAAAGAGGGCAGGACAUACCUAGAGAGGAGUAACUACGCCAAGAACUGCCUCCGUUGUACAAUCUGUGAUGACAAUGAGGAAGAGGUGUCGCCAUGCAAGAAGAGUCAGAACACAGUGUGUCGCUGCACUGAAGGCUUCUACAAAAAUAGAAUAAACUCGGGAACACGGGAGUGCCUCCGUUGCAAGACAUGUGGACCUGGAGAGAGAGAAAUACAACCCUGUACUCCAGAGAGGGAUACAGUGUGUGAAUGUAAGGACAUCCGAAACAAGAAAAACAACAGGAACUGUCUUCCAUGCCAAAAUUGUAGAUCAGCUGACUGUCAGCAGGAGUGUGCUUCAGGUACAGAUCCCACUCCCAAACCCGAAGACACUGGAUGGGGUGUUUGGUCUCUCUACCUAUUGGCUGCGUUCGGCUGUGUUUGUGUGGUGCUGCUGGUGGUGAUGGGGAUCAUGGGCGUACUAGUGGUCCGACGGAAACCGAAGGGGUCAAGCUCCUUUCUCUCUGCUGAGAUCACCUCUCAGGGCUCCGAGAAGUCUACUCGGAGGCUGAUCCAASAGGACKCAGAGAACYUUCUCAACCAGAGUYURCCUUCAUGUAGCCCAGUGUGUGAGUGUGAACAGGAGCCCCUCAGCAAGCUACCGGACUGUGUCCCCAAGGAGAUCAAGAUCUCUGAGUUGAUCUACUCGGUGUUGGACCAAGUCCCCCCGCGCCAUGUGAAGGAGCUGGUGCGUUCGCUGGGUGUGAGUGACAUAGUGAUAGAGAGGGCUGAGAAUGACCACCRCCGUGACACUAAGGAAGCCCAGUACCAGAUGCUGAGGGUCUGGGCUAAGGGAAGUYRGCAGGGAGGGGGAGGGGUGCUAGCACGCCCUCUACUGUACCAUCUGCUGGAGAAGCUGAGAGACAUGGACCUGGGAGGGACUGCAGAGGAGCUGGAGACCAAGUAUGGAGAUCAGUAGAGGGAGAGAGAUGCAGACUGUAUAGACCAUGUAUGGAGAUCAGUAGAGGGAGAGAGAUGCCAGACUGUAUAGACCAUGAUGGAGAUCAGUAGAGGGAGAGAGAUGCAGACUGUAUAGACCAUGUAUGGAGAUCAGUAGAGGGAGAGAGAUGCAGACUGUAUAGACCAUGUAUGGAGAUCAGUAGAGGGAGAGAUAUGCAGACUGUAUAGACCAUGUAU